GCGAUUGUUCUCCUGCAGUGCCCUAUUUGUGCCGCAUUCUUGUCUGAAACUAGUUGGAGUCGAUGCAUGAAUCAUAGGAUCUAGGUGGGACAAUGGCGUGUGACUGACAACCCGGCCGGGCCCAGACCUCGGCACACUCGGCCCCCGCAUCCGAUACUCCACUGACCAUAAAUCGAACCUUGUUACAGACCUGCUGUUCCACUGUUCACAUUCACUGUGUCACUGUACCAUCUAAUAAGGUUAUCUGCCAACGAUUAUAGUCCGGACUGUUUUGUACUUUCGUAUCUGAAGUCUUUAGUAUCAGUCGUUCUCCGAUGCCCGACUAGCCUACAUCUCAGGUUCAGUCAACUCCAUAUAUGGGUGUCGAAUUGACCACCCAUAUUCGCGCCGCAUCCCAGGCUGCGCCGCUAUCUUUCCGUCCAAAUGAUUUAUACUGCACCGCUAUCGCUUCUUGUGAAGGGAGGUCAGCGGAGUAAAGGAAGCGUCUGUCUAAUUUCUCAGCUAUUUAGAUAAAGGAUAGCAGGGCUACUCAUAGCUUCCUAAGUGCUUUACAAGGGUAUUAAUAUCGAAUUUAGUUAAGCAGUUUUAAACUUACUUGGGUGACAAACCUAUUGUUUCAAACAAAGACUUGGCUAUUAGGGUUGCUUCUCAAUUUUACGAGCAGGUGACAUCAUUUCCCUGCUCGUUAAACAAUUAUUAUACACCACAGGCCUGCUGAUUACCGUCACCGUAGCGUAUAACAAGAAACGGAAAAUUUUAUUAGACUUUGUACGCAUACUAAGUGCAGAACUCAAUCAAUUUGCAUGAACAGCUUAGUAUUUGAAGUUUAUUUAAACAAUUUCAUAACGAGUAAUCAUAAAGCACCUGUAAUAAUAUUAUGUUGCCUCCCACGUGCUGAUGAAGCAAGUACCAGAGGAAGCUGGCUGCGGGUCGACAACCCUCGCGGCGGAGGACCCAAACCUCUAACUAGUAGUAAUAAUAAUCGACGAGAUUCCGAUUAAAACAACGUUGGCGAUUCAUAGAAAACGUGUUAGUAUAUAACUAAGCUUUGUGAUGUCGACACGUCAUUAUUGUUGUUAAGUAAAUGAUCGCUUCACGCCGAUAAUAGAAAAAUACACGUCCAAUAACUAGUGAACUCUGUAGUGACUUGUGCGAUGUGUUCUGUGAAGAUAAUAGUGAACGUACUUGUGAUACGAUUGCUGGAAUUUCUAAUGCUGUAACAGUGCAAGGCCUUGAUCUGUCUAAAGGUUACAACUGUGAUGUAAUUAAGUGUGUAACAAUUGUAGUCGUGAAGGAAAAGCUAAGCGAUGUGGUGUGUUGCGCCUCAGAAACGUGACAGCAUAAAGCGUGACAGGAAGACACACAAAAUAACCAAGAUUAAAUAUAAAUUGGUCAAGAAACAGAAAUUGUGUAUAAUAGAUGAGCACCGGUCGGCGGGCGGCAGCUGGGAGGAGCCGGUGAGCACGGUGCGCAACGCGCCGCUGCGCCGCUCCCAGCGACUCAACUCCACGCUGGACACCAGGAGUACGGGCCAGCUCCGCAACACGCUGAGCCGCGCGCGGGAGCUGUGCGAGCGAUGGCGCAGCGGGGGCGGCACCCCGGCGCCCCCCGCCCCGCCCCCUGACGACGAGGGCGGGGGGCGGCUGGCGCGCUGGUUCAGCGUGCGCCGUGGCUCCACGCACCAGUAUGACAUGCACGGGCAGGACAGCGACAAAAUGCCUAAACUGCCUGAGCUGGAAGAGGACAUGUUCUCAUGCGGCGGCGAGGUGCGCGGCGGGCGCGUGGCGGCGCCGGCGCUGGGCCCGCCGCCCGACGGGCUGUCGUCGGUGCAGCUGCGCCGCCGCCACGUGGUGGCCGCCAUCAUGCACAGCGAGAACUCGUAUGUGGCCACGCUGCAGAGGCUUGUCAAUGACUACAAGAAGCCGCUAGAAGAGAGCAGCCCGGCGAUUCUGAACGCGGGCAAGAUUCAAACCCUGUUCCACCGGCUGCCCGACAUCCUCCAGUGCCACCUCCACUUCCGCACCGCCCUGGCCGAGUGCGCUCGAACGUGGGACCGCGAUGAAAAAAUUGGCGAGGUCUUCCUAAGCGCAUUCUCCAAGGCGGUGGUCCUGGACGUGUACUCGGACUUCAUAAACAACUUCUCUGUGGCCAUGGAGCUGGCCAAGAUGGAGUCGAAGAGGAAGUCCGCCCUAGCUGACUUCUUCAAGGUGAAGCAGAUCAGCGCGCACGACCGACUCUCGUUCUUUGGGCUUAUGGUGAAGCCGGUGCAGCGGUUUCCGCAGUUUAUUAUGUUUUUACAGGAUUUACUAAAACACACGCCGCCCGGCCAUGCCGACCGCGUGGCGCUGCAGCGAGCAUUGACAAGACUGGAGGCGUUGGCCGACGCACUCAACGAGAGGAAACGAGACGCGGAGAGGACUCAGGCAUUCCGCGCAGCCUUACGCCGACUGACGCGGGGCGGGGUGGCGGGCGCGGGGGGCGCGGGCACGGCCGCCAGAUUCGGAGCCGCCAGGCUACUGGCGUCCAGAGCUGACAGGAGACAUCUGCUGCGGCAAGAUGACUUGGUGCAACUGGAGUUCAACCAAUCGGGCGCGAUCUCCAAGUGCAAGCCGCGGCGGCUUCUGCUACUCAACGACCUGGUCGUGUGCGUGUCGGUGGGCUGCGGCGGCGAGGAGGCGGAGCGGCUCGGGCUCAAGUGGGCGCAUCCCGUGCAGGAUGUUGAAGUGCUGGAUACCGGAACUUCCCCCACGCUCAGUCGGGUGCUGGCGCAAGGCAUGAACCGCAGCGGCAGCCUCCGCUCCACCAACUCGACGGGCACCAACACGACCUGGUCCACAUCAACCGGGGAUUCCCUCUGCAGCGAGAUGUCGGCGCUCAUGCACGACUACGAGGCCGUGUCCCGCAUGGCGGACCUGGCCGCCGCGCUCAAGGCGCCGACGCCGCAACUAGCGCCAGAGCUGUUCAAGUCGCUACUGCUGGACAUACAGAAGAAUAUACAGAAAAAGGACGACGAGAUGGCGUGGGUGGACUCCUGCUGUCUCCAACUGACGAUUCGCGGUCGCGAAGAGCCAAUCACCUUCCGCGCGAGCGAGCCGGGGGCCAGACUCGCGUGGGCCACGGAGCUGAGGCUGGCCCAGCUGGCCCAACACUCGGCCAACACGCCCGCGUGGCGCCUGGCCGCGUCCCAGGCGGCCCCGGCGCACAAGAUGCCGCUGUUUGUGGCCGCCACGCCGGUGUAUACGUCGAAGAAUUUGACUGAGGUGCGUUGCGGCUGCUUCUACACGUCGUCCGGCACGACCCGAGGCGCGUCGAUGCGUCGCGCGCGCUCUCUCCUGUGGGUGUGCGCCACAAGCGGCGCGUCCAGCCACGUGGCCGUGCUCACGCAUAGAGCCGCCAAGCUCAAGACGCUGGUGACGCUAGAUCUGCCUGACACUAAGGUAACCUCAAUGGAAUACGCCAAAGGACUUAGACAAGUGACCACGCUGUGCGGCGACACAGUGUGGCUCGGCACCGAGGACAAGAAGAUCCUGAUCUUCUCCGGCAUGGAGCCCGAGCGGCAGGAGAAGCUGGCGGAGGUGGGCGCGGGCGCGGCGGUCACGCAGCUGCGCUACCACUGCGGCGCCAUGUUCGCGGGGCUGGCCAGCGGCCGCGUGGCCGUGUACCGCCGCAACCACGACGACUCCUGGGCGCUCAGCGAGCCGCUGGCCGUGGAGCUCGGUGACCGGCCCGUGCACUGCGUGCUGCCCGUGGACGGCGUCGUCUACGCCACCUGCGCGCGACGCGUGUACGCCAUCAACGCGCUCACCGCCGAGAUCAUGCGCACGCUGGAUCUUAAAGGCGACGGUGACAAAUGCAUUAAGUAUCUAGCUCAUUCCGGCGUCGGCCUCUGGACCGCCUUCUCCGACUCCACCUAUGUCAGCCUCUACCACGCCGAGACCUUCGAGCACCUCCAGAACAUCGACAUCGCGGCCGACGUCGCCAAGACCAUCGGCGCGCGCGACGGCAGCCGGCCCGCGCACGUGUCGGCGCUGCAGGCGGCGCAGGGGCUGCUGUGGGUGGGCACCACGGCCGGCGUGUGCGUGACCGUGCCGCUGCCGCGCCUCGAGGGCCUGCCGCUGCUGGGCGGCGCGCUGGCGGCGGCGCACCACGCGCACGCCGGGCCCGUCACCUUCCUGCUGCCGCUGCUGCCCGAGCGCGAGGACGACCCCGCCGCCGCGCGCCGCCACCUCAGCACCGCGCGCCGCCUGGCCGCCGCCGCCGACGCGCCGCCCGACGACCGCGACGACGACAAGCCGCGCCUCGAGCGCCGCACCAGCGAGGACAGCCCGGGCCGCCCGCAGCGCGCGCACUCCGCCCUCGCGCGCCGCAAGAAGCCCGGCGACGUGCGCCUCAGCAAGACGCUGCCCAAGUGCGUCAACCUCAACGCGUGCGACGUGUACGGGCUGUACGGCGACCUCAUGUUCGUGAAGGACUGCGCGGGCGAGGGGGACGUGGGCGGCGCGGGCGGCGAGGCCCUGCGCCGGAGCGACCCCGAGCUGGCCGCCAUCCCCUUCCGCGUGAGCACGCUGGACCGGCGGCUGCGCAUGCGCGCGGGCCGGCCGCGCAGCCUCGACCUGUCCAGCUGGUCCGUGGACUCGCGCGCCUCCAGCCUGUGCACGUCGUCGGGCAGCGAGGAGUCCAUGGCGCUGCGCGGCGUGUCGCGCACCAGCUCGGGCGCGUCCGGCGCGGCCUCUCUGGCGCCCGUGGCCGCCGCCACGCCCGACUCCUCGUCCAGCAAGUCCAGCCACUCGGACCACUCCGUGUCGCGGAGCAACUCGGCCAACGCGGGCCCGGAGCGCGGCGCGAGCAAGAGCGCGGCGCGCAGCCUGCGCGGGGCGGACUACGUGGUGGGCGCGGGCGCGGCGCGGCGCUCCGUGGUGACGGUGGUGGGCGGGCGCGGCUACGUGGACUGGCGCCAGGCGGCCGACGCGGCGGACCGGCCCGCGCCCGCCGCCGAGCCCAACCCGCGCGACGCGCACCUCGUGCUGUGGGAGAUGCGCCUGUGACCUGCCCCCGCCACUGAAGCGAACGACCAAAUAACUUAUGCAUGCCUGACGAUACUAGCUCCGAGGAUACGGAGUCCUCGACUAACAGAUCUGGUCUGCAUAUUUUGUGUCAUAUUUAAAAAUGUAAUUACUAUGUUAUAGAUGUUUAUAUAGAUUAAAUGGUGCCGUUUAGGCCAUUGUAAAUUUAUUUUCGUUGAGCUGUUAAAAUUAAUUGUCUAUGUAUUUGAUACACUUUUUGUUAAAUGCUACGAUAUUAAAUUUACAUGCAAUCCCGGUAUCAUUCAGGAUAUUUGUAUGAAUUUUAAAAACAAAUAGUAUUUUAUGAUUAUGAGCUUUAAAUUAUUUUUCGGAGUUCAGAGCCGCUAGUUCGACCUAACAUUUUCAAUGAUUUAGCCUUAAUAAGUGCUGGUGCAUUAUUUUUGUGAUCCAUAUGCAAAUGUUAUCUUUAAAUGAAUAUUAUAUAGAAGCUACUUUUUUACGUUUUGUGUUUUAUAAAAGGAAUAACAUUGUUUAUAUUAAUUAUUAAAUUAACAUUUGUAAAUUUAUAAAUCUACAUUAUGGUAUCUAGAGGAGUAUAAAGAAAGGCCAAGUGAUGACUAUAAUCUGAAACCAAAUACAUACAGUCAAAUUAUUUAACGUUACGCUGCCAGUUGAAUCUAGAGUACACUCGCUUUUGCAUCAAUUAUACAUUUGGAAUCAAAUAA